CUACAAAUAUAUUUUUUAACAAGUAUAAUAAAUACAUCGGAUUAGUUUUUUAUAUGAAGGGAGUAAUAUAUAACCACAUGAACCUCUACACCACUUCUCUUUGUUCUCAUCAAACAAUUUUCUCUCUCUUUUCUCUCACACCAAUUAGAAACAAAGCCAUUGGACAACACAAUCACCAACAACUAGUGCUGAACAAGUCUUGUUUGAGCCAUGAUGAACCUAAAGGAGACUGAGCUCUGCCUUGGCUUACCUGGUGGUGGCGGUGGAGGCAGUGGCGGCAACGAGGCGGAGAUGUUGAAAACCACCGGAAAACGAGGCUUCUCUGAAACCAUUGAUCUUAAGCUUAAUCUUCAACCAAAUGAGUCAUUGUCAUCUAACGACAACACCUCCACAACAACUCAUGUCAAACCACCAACUAAAGCACAAGUGGUGGGCUGGCCACCAGUGAGGAACCACCGGAAAAAUAUAAUGGCUCAAAAGAGCAACGCAGACGAACCGGAGAAGGUAGCUGCCACCACCGCAACUUUCGUGAAGGUUUCAAUGGAUGGUGCACCAUAUCUUCGAAAGGUUGACCUAAAGAUGUACACAAGCUACCAAGAACUAGCUGAUGCUUUGGCCAAAAUGUUUAGUUCCUUCACCAUGGGAAAUUAUGGGAGACAAGGAAUGAUAGACUUCAUGAACGAAAGCAAGUUGAUGGAUCUGCUGAACAGUUCUGAAUAUGUUCCUAGUUACGAAGAUAAGGAUGGUGAUUGGAUGCUUGUCGGCGAUGUUCCAUGGCAGAUGUUUGUGGCUUCAUGCAAAAGGCUCCGAAUAAUGAAAGGAUCGGAUGCGAUUGGGCUUGCACCAAGAGCAAUGGAGAAAUGCAAGAGCAGGGUUUUGUCGAUCACGACAUCUCAUGUGAAAUAA